AUGAAUCAGCUCAUGCUACUCUUUGGGGUACUCUCUUUCAGUAUGAUAGUAGUCGGGGUCUCAAACCCAACCCCUGUCCUAACCAUAAAUCAUGCACCUACAAAUCUGCCAAAAAUGAUUCAAGGAACAGAAGAAAGAAGAAUAUGGCAGGUGUGGAACCAAAACGGGACUAGAUGUCCCGACCACACAAUUCCAAUACGGCGUAAUCUCAUUUCACAGACGUUCGACAACAAUUCAAUCGCGAGGCGAUCCCUUACCCGGCCGAGGAGGGACACAAGAUGUAGACCAAUAUUGAUUCGAGCUACCCUGGGGAUUUGGAAUCCAGUGGUAGCCCCAGGAACUGGCGAGUUCAGCCUUUCGCAGAUUUGGCUCGUCGCGGGUCAUUACACAGGAUCUGAUCUCAACACAAUAGAAGCUGGAUGGGAGGUUUUCCCCGAGCAUUACCAUGACACCCAGCCCCGACUAUUUGUUUAUUGGACAAGGGAUACAUACCAACACACAGGAUGCCGCAAUCUUGAGUGUGAGGGGUUCGUACAAGUCCCUAGAGACUUCGUCAUAGGAGCGGCUUUUGCCCCGGUCUCUACUUACGAUGGGAGCCAAUAUGACAUUACAAUGAUGAUUUGGAAGGAUAUAGCCACCGACAACUGGUGGCUAAGUAUCGGCCAAUCACUUGUCGGGUAUUGGCCGGCCAAGCUACUUACUCAUCUAGCGGACGGUCCAGCCACGGUAGUGCAGUGGGGUGGCGAAUUGGUAAACACUCGUAGCUACGACCACACAAAUGGGGUCGGGACACUUCUCAGAGGAAGGUUUUGGCAAGGCGGCUUUUGUCCGAAACAUCGCGAUCAUCGAUCACCUCCUCUACCGCCUCCAACCGGUCGAGGAAGUUGCGCUACAAACGCUGAACCCCACAUGUUACAGUGCCACAAAGUUUCACAGUGA